UCUGUGAAUGGGCCAUGGAGGGCGGAGCUGUGACUGAUCAGAGUGAUAUUGCACCAAUUUACUGUCAGACGACCAACAGAUCAGACCAGAAACCUGGAGACCAACAUCUGUCAAGUCCUUACCAUGAGCGGGAGUCAUCCACUUCCUCUUAUCCAAGCUCCUGUGUCCAGUUACAGGAACAGAGCUAUGCGAUUUUAGCCUUACGGUCCAAACUCAAGGGUGUUUCAAAGUGUAAGGCUGUCAGGAAACCGCCUUCCAAUGAGGAAACCUCUUGCAAAGGUGGAUGGGGUUCCAGCAGCAGCGAUGAGGAUGUGGGACCCUAUGACCAGACGUCAACAUGUCAAACCAUGCUUACUCAUAAGGGUAACUAUAAAUCUGAUACAGGAUGUAGAAAAGAAGCAAAACCGGAGAACCUCACAGAUAACAUUGCCAAACCAUGGGCUCCACAACAGGGAUUUUGGAGCCCAAACACACGGGUGUUUAAUCAAGAUGGUGUUCCAAAGAGAAAGGGACCUGGAAAUGGGCUACAAGAAAUGGAGCCCAGUGUUGAGAAUGAGAUGCAGGAAUCUAAUAGUGAAGACAGCAGCAUGCAGAGUUGCAUGCCGAGUGAACAAGGUCUGGCAGGGCCUGCAGGACAUGAACUGUGGCGCGCUGAGAGUCUAGAAAGCAUCUGUAGCAGUGGCAGCACUCUGUCAUUGGCUGAAAGAGUGGAGAUGAACCGUUCCAUGCUCAGACAAAUGCUUCAGAAAGCCCAGAAUAUAAGCAGCGAAGGACACCAGGCCCCUGUUACUAACCAGACACCAGAGACUCAACAUAAAAAAGCUGGACCGAACAAUAGUGAUUGGGAUUCAGGGAUCUCUGUACAAUACUGUGAACGAAGUCAGAGGUCUUUUGUCUUGGGUGCUGAGUUGCCGUUGAGCCCUCGUCACGAGCAGGCCAAACGGCUGCUGGAGCGUGCCAGCAUGAAAAAUCGCUCGAACCCACUCAAAGCCGACCACACCAUCCUACCCGUCCAGAGAGACAAGCCGGAGCUGCUUUCCCGGGUGGGAGCACCUGUGCAGCAGACAUCUCUGGUGGGUUCGGACCAGGUGGUGGUGGGCUUAGGAAGCCUCAGUGAUUCAUCCAGCAGUGACUCAGCUGGAAGCUCUCAUCGCCGACGCUCUCAUGGGCAGUCUCCCACACGGGUCCGCUUUCAGGACGAGUCAGAGAAUGACGCCGAGGUGCGUUACCUAGAGCGUCAGCGCCGACGGGCCGGGCAGAGGGUGCAGGAGAUUCUGGGGCCCAAACCUAAUCUAUCGUCAUAUGUCAACAACCAUCGACCGGAUGACGCAGAGACAUGGAAAUACAAAAUCAGAAGCAGGCAGGAGAACAUACCAAAAGCUAAUGGUCAUUAUGAAGCCAACACCACAGGCCAACAGUAUAACUCCUGUGGGGCAAUACUGGAUAGAGGUCCAUUUUGUUCAAAUGGAGACAGCGAGGGAAGGAUGGUUCCAUGCUGGGUAGCACCCACACUGCCCAACCGCUUGGUCCGAAUAGAACAGAUUAAAGAAACAUAUAUCGAUGGAAGUAGCCCUGUUAUUGUGGAGAGUGAUGGCACACACUGUAGAGCUGCAAGCACUGUGGACAAUGGUAGAGGGACUCUACAGAAGGCAAACUGUAAAAGUAAGAGCCGUCCUGAGGCUGAUAUUAUUAAUGCCAAUGGGCUCACAGAACCAGAGUCACCAGGCACUACCAGGCACGCACCCUCAAGCUCACCUACAGCUCUGCCCCCUAACCCCUAUGCCCCAGAGUCACUGACAGAUAAAAAGUUACAUUCACCAGCCAGUUUAAAAAAAAAAGUGCCUCCUUCACUGGUGUCUGCAGAAGUGCCAGGAGCCCAGCAAAUUUCCAGGCUCCACCAUCCUCACUCUCAGUCUCUCCAGGCCAAAAAACCUGCUCUAAAGCUGAGUAAGGACGGUCUCAAUAGCCAGCAGAUGCUUAAGCUCAUGCCUUCUCCACAGUAUUAUCCUGUUCAGAAUUGUGGAAAGCAGCCAGAUUCGGAUAGUGUUCUUAUAGAAUCUGCAUCAAACCCCAAACCCUUUAUACUGAAGCAUUCUGAAGUCAGGAACUGUUCCAACCACAGAAUCAUGCAGCGGCAUGGAUCCCAGCCAGGAGAUUUGGAACAUGACCUAAUCAGACUGGAGGUGCCACUCAGUCCUGCCAAAAAUACCCAUACACAUCAAAAUAACGGCCAGGUUCAAGAUCCUUUCAGCACAGAUCAGCAAGGGGAGGACAGUGCAAGUCUUUUACAGAUUGCAGAACCAGUGUUUGAGCAGAGGGAGGGCAGAGCUCAGCAGGCACUGCGCCGAUUCUUCUCAGCCAUGGGUCUGAACUCUGGAGGACGUUUGGGAAAGAGUCGCUCCAGCAGCAUGGAGCAGCUUGGUCCGGCAUCAAAACCCAGCGCUCAUUUCACUGACCCUAACCCCCAACGUACACUAAAGAAAACACCCUCGCUGCAGUCCCUGCGCCUGGGGUCUCCGUUCACCCCGCUGAAAAAAUCUUCAUCAGUGCAAAACCUUCACUGUGCCAAAAGGAAACUGGAGCGCUGUAAUGCGUAUACACCAGGGGAUCAACCCUGCAGCCCUGCUCUCUCCAGAGGCCUACUACGAGCUCUGAGUGUGGAGGACGUGGGCAGCCCCAGUGCCAUGCGCUCAGUGGGCAAAAUCACCCAGGUAUGCCCGGAUGGUACGAUACUUUUAGAGCUGUACCGCCCACCAGAAGGACCAUUUGGCUUUCUCAUAUCCCGCGGAAAAGGCCGGACAGACUCAGGUGUGUAUGUAGAAGAUAUGGGGGAGAGCAGCACUCAGAAGCUGUACGCAGGGCUGUUAGGUGUGGGUGAUGAGAUCCUGGAGGUGAACGGGGAAAAGGUGGCAGGACUCAGUUUGGACCUGGUGACCCAGAUGAUGAUCCAGAACAGCACAGCCUCUAUCCGAGUGCUCCGGCAUCGACCGCCUCACCGCUAACAUCACACAGUAAUACACAGCCAGUUUACGGUGUAAAAGACAAUCACGUGAACGCCUGAGUUACCAUAACUUUAAAUGAUUAAUUACAGAAAAGGGGUCUCACACUAUGCAACGUAUCAAUCACCAACACUACUUAGUAAACACUACUCUCAAACUAGUAACGUCAUCGGUCAUGGAAAACUAAUUUGUGGUAUUUGAAAUCCAACACCAAUCAGUUGAAGUUGAAGCAAGUUUGGGAUGUUAUACCAAAUGUUUUUUAUGCUGAAUUAUUACACAUACCCUGUGAUGCA